GGUUUGGUUGUAUCUAUUUUACUGUAGAUAACUUCGUUCAAUUAUUGCGUAAACUGCAUUUGCGUUUAUCGCAAAUUUUUAUCACAUUUUACCAGACUAUUAAGAGGCCAUAUUUCUUUUAUAAAAAACACCAUAAGUUAUUAACAUAAUAAUUUAGUCAACUACUUAUAAUCUUCUCGAGGUCAAUCAAUUCUUGUUUUUCUUUGUAAGAGUACCCAAGACACACACAUACGAGAGAUAAUGUGUAUCUCGAUAUAUAAAUCAUAUCGACACAAAUAUUUUGUUUGUCUUAUAACAGUUUUUGCUAGUAUAUGCGUGCUUCCAAAUAUAUUUGCGACAUGCAAUGACACCAGUUGUAGUGGAAAUAGAGUUUGUAAAGAUGAUCUCUGUAUCUGUGAUGUGGGCUGGAGUGGUCCCCAAUGUCAGCAUUGUGUAGGAAACGUUAGUAACAGUACCACAGGAAGGAGCUGUCAGCAAUGUAUGAAAGGCUACUGGGGAACCACUUUAAAUGGAGACCAAUGUAAAAAGUGUCAAUGCGGUCUUGAUGCUAGAGAUUGUAAUAAAAACACUGGAGAAUGCAAUUGUUUGACGAAGGGAACGAUUGGAAAUACUUGCGAUGAGUGUGACACACUUAAUCAUUAUCAUCCAGAUAAAGAUAAGAAUAAAGCUUGUUACUAUGAACUUACUACCGAUUAUAGAUUCACAUUUAACAUAUCAAAAUCAAGCGACAAAUAUUUCACAAGAAUCAACUAUGUUAACUCCCCCACUAAACCUGACUUGGACGUAGAUGUCCGGAUUACAUGUUCAAAGCCGGCGAAAGUGAAUCUAACAGUCAAAACUGAAGGAUUGGAAGAAAAAACCAUUUUGGAAAGCCUCCACUGUGGAAAAAUCACCACAAAAAUUUCAAAACAUUUAUACAAUUUUGAUGAUCCACGGAAUAUCAGUACCACUAAAUUUUAUGCCCAUGUCUACGAUUUUCAAACCCCUACGGUAAUAGAAAUUUCCUUCAGUCAGCCUCCGAAACUAAAUCUGGAACAAUUUGCCAUAACUUUAUUAACGGCCAAGUUAUACAGCAAACUUCAAGGUUCUAUGCCAUAGUAAUGAGUAUCAAGAGUCAAGAGCCUAGUGAUAAAAUUAAUAGGCAAAAUAGAAUCAUUCUAUUAAAUCUGUAAAUUUAGUGAACAUUAAUAAAAAAUUAUGUUGGUA